AGUCGGGCUCUGGGCGGGCAAUGCCAAGAUAGGCGUAGUACCCGUAGCCCAUGGAGGAAAAUCCACGAGGUCUCUUCUGGGAGCUACAUCAGAGAUUGGCAGAUUGCUAUGCACAUGACCUGGGACUGCAUGGCGGCGUGCAGUCAGUUGGCUUCGCUGCACUAUUUGCCCAGCGUCGCAGAGAAGCGGGAAGUUGUGAUCAAGACAUUACUAGACACACAGACACGAGGGAACAGUCCAGCUGAAGGACUUACUCUCACCAAUGUUGAGCUCGCCCCCCACCGGUGCUACCGAAGACGCAGGCAAAAGGAGAACUUGGGCAAAUGCACAUCUGCGCGGACCGUCUCCGUGGACGCACUGGCGCAGUUUGACCUUGCUGAACCGGAAUGGCCAUCGACUUCACCGAAAACAAAGGGAGCGGGCAGUAUGCCCUCAAGCAGCAGGCGAAAUCCUCGGAUUUGAAGGUGCCACUGUUGGAGCUCCUGUCGCAGCAGCUGAGAAGUGAGCUCUACUUCGCCAGAUUCCGCAACGCCCUGAGCAAGAUCAGUUUCCUUCAGAAUCUGCUGGCCAGCGAUGACGUGCAAACAUUCAAGAUCUUGCAUGAGAUUGCCACCAACGCACUGCGUGACAUGGUCGUGGUGAGAAGAAGGACCUCGUGGAUGACACACAGUGGCUGGCAGAGGUGUGCUUAUGGACUCCCUGGAUCUACAUGGGUGACCUGGUUGCCGAGGAUUACUCCUGCCUGGCAGUCAUGACGGCUAAAUCAUUUGGAGAGUGCCUAUGCCAGAAUUGGGCCACUCAGCGCGCAGCAGCGGAACACGCCCGGAAGGUGGUAGACGCCAUUCAAGAGGAAGCUCUUUGGUCAGACCUUCCCAAUAAGGACUGACAUGGCCAUGGGUCAAAAUCCAAAUCGUACCC